AUGAAGCACAGACGGUUAUCUAAGCGUUGUGGUUGUAAAGCGGGUAUUUCGUUCAAGUUCUUCUCUGAAGGAGGAUUAGCAGGUUAUAUUAUUCAGGAGUUCAACGAGGCUCAUAACCAUUAUAUGGUUGAAUCAGAGCAUCAGCAAUUUAUGGCAAUUAAUCGAAAGUUGGAUAAUGUACAUCACAAAUUCAUUAUUGACUGUUCCAAGGCUAAUAUAGGCCCCACACUUACCUUUAAGGUGUUGAAGGAAAUUCUCGGAGGGUUUGACCUUGUCGGUUGCACUGUCGGGGAUAUCAGGAAUGCUUCUCGAGACAUUAAAGCAUACGCUCAUGGAUUCGAUGUGCAAAUGGUGUUGGAUGAUAUGGCUAAGAAGAAGGAAAUAUCCGAGGCGUUCACAUAUCAUUACGAACUUAAUGCUACCAACCAGUUGCUAAUGUGGCAUUAUUCGCUGGUGUUGUGGCCGACGAUGCAUUACUAUGUGCUACGCAUGUAUUGUAUGAUCUUCACUCCUUUCACGGGAAAGGACAAUCAUGGAAGGCCAGUAACCUUCGCUGCCGGAUUGGUAUGCAACGAGAAAACAGGGGCAUUUGUUUGGUUGUUCAGACAUUUCGUUGAAUGCAUGGGUGUAGCACCCAAGAUGAUCAUGACAGAUCAAGACUUGGGCAUGAGAUCAGCUAUUGAAGAGAUUCUUGUUGGCACUCGACACCGAUGCUGUAUGUGGCAUAUAAUGCAUAAGUUGGCCACUAAGGUUCCAAACAGGUUGCUGAGGGACGAAGAUUUCAAGAAGGAGUUCAAUGCCUACGUUUGGUCGGACCUGCUUGGACCUGACGAAUUUGAAGAUGAGUGGAAUAGUGUGGUGCAAUGUCAUGGGCUGGAGAACGUUUCCUGGUUCAACACAUUGUACGACUAUAUGCAAUUCUGGAUACCGGCGUACUUCAGAGAUUUUCCGCUGGAAUUCCAGCGGAACAGUAGAACAACGUUGGACUACCACGAUGCCACUGCCCUGCCCAUAUUGGCCACUGCUUUGCUAUUCAAGAAACAUGCUUCCACGCUGUACACCGAUAGUAUGUUCAAGAAAAUACAGGAAGAAAUUGUUGAGGGUAAUGACAGAUGCCGCGUGCUUGGAUUUUCAUCUACAGACAUAGUUGACACCUACGAGCUUGGGGACAACAAUCACAAUUCGUAUUUUGUGAUUCACGAUAAGACUGAUGACUCAUACUUGUAUAAAUACUAUGAGAGUAGAUGGAUGAAGACUCCAUUAGCCAAGGCAGUACAUGGGGAGUUUGUUGAUGCCCUGCCUACCAGGUCUAUCGUUGACGAUAGGCAAACUGUUUCAAAGCAAGCGAUUUUGAUGUUCUAUGGUUUUCUUCGACGAUUUGAGACGGACAUUGAAGUGCUUCGUGAAUUCGUAGGUGGUGUGGAAGAACUUGAUAAUUCUCUUCAAGCUGGAACUCCAACAACGUCCGCCUCUGAAAAGAAGCGGAUGAUUGAAGAGUUUUAUGGUAUGGUAAGGCCUGAAAUAGUUGAGGUCCAUCCUCCGGAUGUCGUGAAGACCAAUGGCCACGCUAGCAGCUCAGCGAGCCGUCUGAUUUCCAAAAGAGAAAAGGCUAUAAAAGAUGUUACUAGGCCUCUUAGAUGGUGUAAGGCGUGCGAUGAGAUGGGCCCUCACGACUCUCAAAAUUGUCCAAUGCUUAAAGAGAUGGCGAUGGAGAAAGAGAUGCGGAAGGGCAAGAGGCCAGCUUGA